UUUUUUCAUUUGCCGGCUUUUCACUGCUACAGCGUUCGCAUACAUGGCUAACAACAAAAACAGGCUUUCGUCGCCACGCGUGCGUCAAAUAGAUAUACUAACCUAUUUCGUACGACAGCGUCUGCACGUCAAGCCAGUUUGUUUUUUGCAUGUUUACUCGCAAGGUUUCCGCGAGUCUUGCGCGUUGCUGCAAGAAACGGCCUCUGGUUUAUUGUUUUUAUUCAUGAGCGUUACAUUGACCGCUCGAUAAUUAGCCAUUAAUGGCUAAAUUAUUCGCAAAUCUCGCCAUUAUAUUCUCCAGUGUCUUUUGCGUUUUCCGCUUAAUGUGUUCGAUCAAUCAUGUAGACAUUUUGUUUCGCGCAAGGUUUUGCAUGUUCGCAAGUUAAACGACAGAACAUCUUAUUGACAUUGUUAGCCCCGCGGAUUCAUAGUAAUUUCGUGGGAAAACGCGAAGUCAAAGGACGACGAUGUGGAGUAAGAAAACAGUCGAAAGCAAAAGACACGCUCUCUCGACAUUUUGUCCCCGAUGUCUUUCCGUAUGAAUUGUCCGGCAUGUUUAGCUCCGCAAAGCAGCCGGUUGUGCUGCACGGGCAUAGCUGUUUUAUUGAUUUUAAAAUUAUCGGUCCCGCGAAGCGUAUGCAGAGGACGGAACGCACAUUCUAUAGACGAGCUUGGUGUACCGAUUUUUCUUCGACGUUUAUCGACGGUGUUCAAGUAAAUUCCAUGUACAGUAGAAAACGGUUGUUCUCUGAGAAAUCUCGAGCUUUCGGUAAGGUGUGUCAAAAUGCGCGGUAUGUAACGUAAACGAGCGUUGCCUUUUGCACUUUCAACCGUCCCAGAGCAAAUGAAAUCCGCGCAUACAGCUGAGGAGUAGCUUAUGGCCGUCUGCGCGUGUCUCGAGAAGUAAAACGUUCGCGUGGUCCAAGGUGAAUAACGGAAAUUCGUGAAGUGGGAAGAAGCGUGAACGUUGAUAACAAUAGUAAUUAGACGAUUGCAAACGACGAGCGAGUUGGAGUAGAACGCCUGCGUAACAAGCAUAAUAACGAUACUCCGGAUAGGACAGGAAUACGAAACGAUCGAACGAGAGCCAGUUGCAGUGUCAUAAUUUUCGGCCUGCGUUGAGCUAAUUGAGAUGUCCGUUCGCCAGGCAAACGGGCAUCGCGCGCACGGAGAAUCCGUGAUAGAAGUCGAUGACCGUGACGCCAAGUUUGCACUCAUGUGAAAUGGGCGCCGCUAUAGACGCUUUUUUGCGCAACUUUGCUCGCAACCUCAAUUUUCCUCUCUGCCUAGCCUAUAUACGUGUGUAGAGGCGGCUGUGCACACGUACGCGCGAGUCGAAGAAACGUCUCCCUUUGUUUUGCUUUCGAUCGCCUGGAAAACGACGUAUGCAAAUGCGCGCUUUUCGCCUCGCUUUAUGCCCUCGCACCAACGCAGCCUCGGUCCGCGCAUUGGACUCGCGGUCCACAAUUUGCCCGAAAGCGUGGCGCAUUGCGUAAGAUGGCGCGCCAAGAUGCGAUAGCGAGGGAGAAGGGAGGCGCCGGGCGCCGGCCACUCGCCAAAUCGUAAGCGCCGCCGGCGCAGAGAUAUAUACCAAGGCGGAAUAAUGCACGAGUCUGACAAUGGAGUCUCGCGUGCAGUCGGCGAUAAGUCCGCGGGUAGCAGAGCGCACCCUCCGCUUGGCAACGUACGAGGACGCCCGUGCUGUUUCGACCUUUCCACGAGCUGCUAUGCCACGUCACAUUUCCAUUGCGCUCUCUUCCAGUGCCCAGCCGACGGGGAAUGCUAUUUGUCGGUAAACCGAGCGUGGAGAUUCGCGAAAAGAAGCAGCGGUCGUUCAGAGGCGACCCUUCAUUAGGUCGUGCGCUGGUAUUAGACUUGAAUGAACAAGAACAAGGCGACUCGCGCAAUAAUUGAUCUUCGGCAGGUCGUGUUCACUGGCUUCUCGUAUAAUACACCGAUCGCUCAUCUUUCGGUCGAGGACGAGUUCGUUCUCUCUUUCUCUCCUACUAAUUACUGCGACUAUUAUGCGUCUCCUCGUUACUAUUUUCGAAAGUGAACUCGAUGAGGUUUUCAUGGACGCGCCUCUAUAGCAGCGGCAAGACUAGGGGAAGCUUAGCUCCGUAAAGUCGAAUAUACCUCGAGCUUGUUUUGGCGAAGAGAAAUGUGAAAAUAAGUAGAAAUAAAAGUGAACGCACGCAGAAGCGCGACAAAGUGGAGCGUCGCGGUUACGUGGCUUUUGGUCGUUUUGCGCGACGAGAGUCAACGUUUGACGUGUCGAUCGCGGCCGAAAAUCCAAAAAUGGCAGUGUCAGGUACCGUUCUCAUUGUGAUCGCGCGCGCGACUGGCGUGGCGAAACCAGUGCCACGUAAAGUCAGCCGAUCUCUCGUUGGCAAUCUCGAGGACCGCGUGUGCCCGAAUUUCCUUCUGCCUGUCGCAGCCGCGAACGCACGCGUCACGCGCGUUACAGGUUAUCCCGUCUGAAUAAUUCAUCGCGGGCGCGCGGAGCAAAAACGAGAGGAAGUGUCGUCCGUUUUUUCUUUUCUUCGUCUUCUCGAUCGUGGAAGAGUUCGAUGCCAGUUACUCGAGACGCGCUUUCGGCCCGUGAGUGCGCGCGACGCGUUGAUCGAUCACUCGCGCUAUUGGAGUUUGGUAAUGCAGCGGUCGCCGGCGAAAAGCGCGCGAGAGCGUGCUCAAUCGAAACGGCCUUCGCGGUCGCUCGCCCGUUGCCUCUUCCCUCUCGUUUGCAACGUUUGCUCGGCCCUCCUCUAGGCAAAAGUUCCUGCGAGAAAGUCGACAGCCUUGAUUAGAUGCAAACUAAGCGGAACAAGAGUGUUUGUUCGUUUGUGAUAUAUACUCGAAGUGCACGCGCAAAUAAGUAGCAGCAGAAAGAGCGAGAGAAGGGGGAGAGUCACGAGUGGCGUGCAAACGGUCGGACUGCGAUAGAGCAAGGAGAAUAUAUACGGGAGUUGUGUACACAAAAAGGUGUACACGAUGGUCAAAGUAAAGGAGAGGCGAUAAAUCGCGUGCGCGCGCGCGCGCAAGAGAAAUGAGUUUGAACUCGGGGGUGUCGCUGGCGAGCGCUCACCGCUGCGCUCACCGCGGCCUCGUCAAGUACCCGAGCAUCGACAAGACGCUCUGGGACCCGAGCAGCAGCUGGAUACUGCAGUGGGACAACAUCGUGAAGCACCCGGGUGCCAGGGCUCGCGGAUGCCACUGCGACAUACACAAGCCGCCGUGGCUGUAUCCCAACCUAGUUGGGAGAGACGCCGACGAGCCGGAUCGGGCGAUAAGAUCGGCACCGAUCAAGAGGACGGCCAGCCUGCUGCAGCAGCAGAAGAAGAGCCAGUUCGGCCCGGCAAAGGCGCCACCCGUGCCCCCAGGUCAGGCCGGCGCAGUCGACGAGGAAACUUUCCUCACGGCCUUCGAGGAUGUACCCCCGGUCAAAUUGUUUUCCGCGAAGGAUCUCGAGGACCAGAUGAAGGCCAUCAAGGACACGGUCGGGGACGACAAAAAAGACUGGAAGCAGCGGACGGAUAGCCUGAAAAAGCUACGAGGGAUAAUAAUCGCCGGAGGAAUGAACUACGACGUGUUUGCGGUGUUGCUGAAGGAUCUGCAGAGGCCCGUCGACGCAGCCAUCAUGGAUUUGCGAUCGCAAGUCGUUCGAGAAGUGUGCAUCACGCUCGCGUACCUGAGUCAACAGCUCAAGAACAAAUUCGCUAGUUUUGGCGAGACCGUUCUGCCGACUUUAAUGAACCUCAUACAAAACAGUGCCAAGGUUGUGGCGACGGCUGGAGCGGUCACAGUACGUUUCAUACUGCAAAAUACACACAGCAGUCGCUACGUGCCAAUUAUAGUGGCGUCGCUCAGCAACAAAAGCAAAGACAUCAGACGUGCCACUUGCGAAUAUCUGCAUCUGAUUUUGCAGUCCUGGCAGACUCCCAUUCUGCAGAAGCACGUAAACAUACUUCAGGACGCGAUAAAAAGGGGCAUGGCCGACUCGGACGUCGAGGCCAGGGCGUUCUCCAGAAAAUCCUACUGGGCAUUCAAAGAGCACUUUCCGGAGAAUGCCGAGGCACUUCUCAACAGUCUUGAUGCCACCUACAAACGGGCGCUCAUGUCGCUUAGUAAUAGCGGUAGCAUCAACAGCUUGAAUUCGGUAAAAGCAACAAACAUAAGUCCACGCACGUCGCGUCCCGCUAUGAGUGCCGCAGGUCGCGUUUCACCUGGAGUAAGAUCUACAAGUGCCAUCGACCUUCAAGCCGCUCAAAGAGCCAACGCUAGAAUGAAGUAUGCAUGCAUGAAUCGGCAGAAAGCUACACUUCACAAUGACCACAGUGGUCAUUUGAAUAGACCAGCUCGACCAAACAAGUCGCCAGAAGCUAGUUCUGUGGCUAGUCCUGAAAGAGCUGCACGGAAUCGAACGCGAGUCUCAGGAGUUUCACAAUCGCAACCGAGUAGCAGAUCAGGUUCGCCUUCGUCAAGAUUAAGUUAUGCAACGUACAACAGGGAUGGUGAGGCCCUUAUUCCAAGAUCCAAAAUAUUAUCUGACCAUGGAAUGAGAAGUACUGGUAAUAGUCGAGAACCUAGUCCGCAACGUUUCGGAUUUGACAGAAGUAGUUUUGGCAAGAUCAGGAAUAGGAAUUUGCACAUGUCACCAACGGACAGGCCACCUUCUCGACCAGUAAUGGCUCAGAAGAUGUUGCAACAGUCACGAGAAGCUGAAUCCGCUUUAGCCGAUGCUCUUACAUUUGACAGCAUGGAUAGCUAUACAAGAACACCAAAGGGCAAAGGUGAUCACAGUGACGACAGUGAAACAAGCAGUAUUUGUUCAGAGCGUAGUCACGACAGUUUCCGUAGACCUAGUGAUUCAUUCUCAUGGAGCGGUUCUCAGCAAAGACUUUAUCGAGAUAUGUGGGAACAGUCGACACCGAAGGAUAUAAAAGAGAUUAUCGAGAUCUGUGGACGCAAACAGUGGGGCGAUCGUAAAGAAGGUUUAUUUGCUUUACAGCAUUUCCUCGUCAAUGGAUAUACUCUAAAUGCCACCGAGUUGCGCAAGAUAACUGAUAUAUUUUCGAAAAUGUUUAUGGACUCUCACACCAAGGUUUUUAGUUUAUUUCUGGAUACUUUGAACGAGCUGAUACAAACACACUACGAAGAUCUUGGUGAUUGGCUAUACGUAUUGUGUACUCGACUUCUGAAUAAACUAGGCGCAGAUUUACUCGGAUCGGUUCAAACAAAAAUAAAUAAAACGUUAGAAGUAGUCAGGGAAUGUUUUAACGGCGAUCAACUUUUACCAGCUGUAAUGCGAUUUCUUACGAAUCCCACGCAAACACCUAAUUCCCGUGUGAAAGUGGCUACUUUGACUUUUAUUGCGCAAAUCGCUGAGACUGCCGAACCGUCCGCUGUCAGUAGUUCUGCUGGUCCUGGACUUGCAAGAUUGUUGGACUGGACAAAAGACGCCAAAAGUCAAGAUGUCCGAAGACAUGCUCAGACUGCUGUGAUAGCUCUUUAUAAUUUGAAUCCAUCACAAUUCACUAUGAUACUUUCUGAACUGCCAAAGUAUCACCAGGAAACCGCAUUGCCAUUAAUUCAAACUCAUUUGAGAAGAUCAUCUGCUACGAGUACACCUGCGUCACCUGGUACUCCUCCGCCCAGAGUUCCAAAUUCACCAGCUCGUGGAAAGAAAUUGGAUAACGAUGCCACAGAUGAUAGUUUGAAUCCAGAAGAAGUUUACAAAUCUCUUAGACGUACGACUGCUGAGAUUCAAAAUUAUGGAUUCGAGCGUUUAGAAAGAGCAACCACAAGUAAAGACAGCGGAAUUAGUAAUAUGGCUGAUGUAGAAGAGAGACUCGAAGGCCUCACAUUAUCUAAUUCUGGUCGUUCUUCUUCGGUGUCUUCGCCUACGCAACGUGGUAAAACUGUGACAAACGUGGCUGUCAACGGUUCGAAUGAUACAAUAGCUGGUGAUCUUAUUCUACCUCAAGAAAAUAAUGGAUAUAAAACGCAUGGCUCGUCUCCUGAUUCUAUAAGAGGACCCGAAGUUCUUGAUAACACGCUCAAAGUUUUGCAAUCUGAAGAAUCGCAAAUUACGGAGAAAGUUGCUGCGUUACAAGAAUUUCAAUUAUAUGUCCGCGAAGGUGACGCUCUGUACAUAAAACAACAUUUUAAAAGACUUCUCAAGACGUUGAUUGGAAGCUUAGCGAGUGACAAUAAAGAAAUGCAGAUUGAAGUACUUCAAUCGCUCAUAGACAUGCUGAAGUGCCCUGAAUUAGCGGAGAGCUUUUCAAGCUACGCGGAGUUACUUGUUCUAAAAGUUAUAAGAGCUCAUAAGUUUGAUGAUCAGAAGGCUGAUGCCUGCAGCAGUAGCAGUAGUAGCAGCAGUAACAGCAGUAGAACCACGGUAAAAUUUCCUGAGGUACUCAGGAUGGCAGAAAAGUGUGCAGCAACGGUAGCUGUGAUUCUACCACCCGAACAAACCAUCCAGUUCGCAUCCUCAAUGAUGACCACAGAGCCAUUCCCACAAAACAUGGGCGCAAUAAAAAUGCUUCACAAGGUGGUUGAACAUUACGGCCGGGAGGCUAUAGAACCCCAUUUAUCGAAAGUGAUGCCCGGUCUUAUAAAGGCUUAUGACGACAUGGAAUCGACGGUACGUAAAAGUGCGGUGUUUUGUAUGGUGGCAAUACAUGCAGCUGUCGGUGAGGAUGUUCUAGCUCCCCAUUUGAGUUCACUCUACGGCAGCAAGCUUAAGUUGCUCAAUAUCUACAUUCAACGUGCUCAGCAAACCACCAGUCAACCAGCAAGUCCGCGCAGUGGCAGUACUAAAAAUUAACCGGCGACGACAGUUAGUGGCGCUCCUGCUACCACCGCUGCCACACUGAGGAUCGCGAUAAUGAAGAGAUUCGCACGCUUCACAGCCAGACACGAGCGAUUGCUCUUCCAAUUUCUUAGCAAAGCCGAGCCGUAACUCAUUGCAAAUAAAUUAUUAGAACAAAAAAAAAGAAACAAUUGCCAUGAAUACGCGAGGACAGUAUGAGAGACAGAGAGAGGGGGAGAGAGACAGAGAGGGGGAGAGAGACAGAGAGACAGAGAGAGAGAGAGAGAGAGAGAGAGAGAGAGAGAGAGAGAGAGAGAGAGAGAGAGAAAGAGAGAGAGUUAGCAAUGCGCUCAUGGAUUUGCUUUAAUUUUGUUUGUCUCUAAGACGACUUGUAUAUACUUUGAUGGACAUUUUUGUGCAAAAUAUCCUCGAAGCGCACUUGUUUCGGCUUUUUAACGCUGGUCGAUCGGUGCUUUUUAGUGUAUAGCGAUGUGUAAAUUAAGCAGUUAACCAUACAUGCUAUACGAGUAACAUUCAAAUGACGAAACUAGGCAAUGUAUGCCGUAAAACAUAUUCAACAAAAAAAUAUUUAAUAAAAACCAUUGAAAAGAUGAAAUGAUAUACUAUUUAAUAUUUUUAUGAAAAUUCUUUAAAAGCGUCUACAUCUAAGAGAAUAAUAUGUAUAGUACCUAUUGAAUUUUAUUAAAAUCCAGUUAUGACUAAAUUCAUAAUGAAAGUGAAUUCGAUGUAGCUGAUUGUUAACUAGAGGUAUCGAUCGAUCAUGGUUAUUUAUCGACAGUGCCAGUAAAUAUUUUUAGGGCUUUUUGUCCAUAAUAAAACGCGAAGUUUUCACUUUCACAUACUCAUGCGUAUAUUUACAAAAUAAAUGUUGACUUCCAACUAAGAAAAUAUUUUAACUUGAGAAGCUGAUCGAUUAUUCCUUUUAUCCAAUUAUUUUUGCAUUGCGAAUUUGCCUAAAAAUAAUAUUUAUUAAUGGAUCAUUCGAACAUUCGGUAUUUAUUACCCAAUGUGCUAAGUACUCAAUAUUUUGGAUAUGAAUAGAUAAAGAGAAGCAUAUGUAGAUUUAUACGUGCUAGUCAAGAAUCCUAGAGGACGCACAAAUCGCAAAAGACACAAAAAAUUAAUCAGAAUAAUUUCCUCACAAAAGUCAGCUGAAAAGUACUUGAGAGAAAAAAUAGUUUAAGAAUACAUCGUGAGAAUAAAAAAACAUUUAGGGCCUUUUUGAGACUCUUGAAAAUGUACUAUAAUUUCACAGACGCAAUCAGAUUAUACGUAAAUUAAUACUUUGAUUCAAAGACUUUUGUGCCAUUAUUUUUUUCUUUCUUUUUUCUUUUAUUUUUUAUUGCAGAAUCAUGAGAUUUAACAUAGAUCUAUUUCUGCAUAGUUUGUAGUCUGAUGAAUCGUGCAGUAUUUUAAUUUUCAGUAAUGCAUAUUAUUUGCCAAAAUUUUACAGUUUAACAUACUGUUAUUUGGAAGUAGUUUACCAUAAUAUUUUUUAUUAAACUACAACUUUAGUACGGCGAGUCUGAGUGCCAAAAUUUCAUUGCACAACGGUUGAUCUUCGUAAUAUUAUAAUAAACACAAAUUCUAAACUGCUACUGAAUCUGAGAUAUUUUUCAUCAACAUGCAUUAAAAGUAAGAAAUGAAUUGAGAUAUUGAAAAGUGUAAAAAUCUUCCAAAUAUUAACGAACAUUUCUUUGUCCGAAGUAAUGUCUUUUUAAGAAUAUAAGGAACAGUCUCAGCGUUGUACCGAGCGUGUAUAUAUUCGGAUUAUCAUAAAUAAAUUUAGAACUUAUGUUGACAGCGUUAACACUGACGUAGUGUUUUGUGGCUGUUUUAAAUAAGUGUUUUUAAGAAAGCCACAUUCUACAUAUAUUGCAAUCGUUUGUACAAGCUUGUUCUGUUAAGUUUUUGAGCAGUAUGGAUAAUAAUUUAUUAUGUACCUUAACCCUUGGACAACAGGUAUAAAAAUAAUAGGUAAUUAUAUACUUUAGUUAUUUUCUAAUUUUAUCUUUUUAUUUUACAUCAAAUUUUAAAGGUCCUUUUUUAAUUUAUUUAACCUUGAAAAUUUGUGAUUGAGCUUUCAUCGUAAUUUCAUAAAUAAGUAUUCAAUAGAUUUUUGAUGGUUCACCAAUUAUUUAAUUAUUUAAUUCAACACAAGAAACUAUUGAAUAAAACUAUCAUUUGAAAAGUGACACAAUAAUAAACGUUGUAUAAUGGUUAACGUGCAUAAUAAACAAAUUUUGAACUUCUUAUCGGUACCUUUGUACCUAUUUUAUGUAAUAAAUGAACCGUUCUAUUAAUUUAAUUUUACUAUCCACAGUAGUAUCUACUGUAAUUGCAGUAAUGAAAAAUUCUCAUGUAUAGUUUUGCUCAUUAAGUUACCAAAUUCCAUCAUUAAUUUUCUUAAUUUUCAAAGUGAUAAAAAACAAAUUAGAGAGUUGGUAUUAUAAUCCAAAAGUUUACUUAAACUUUAGUUGCAUUCAAAUUUGUCGUACUUGGUGAAACUAUAGUUGUACAAUUUCAACAACUUAUAUUCCGUAAUGAAUUCAAUAUAUAUCAAGCAGAUUAGUAUUUUAUAAUUUAUACUUUACGUAAUAGACUUUUUUUUAAUGCUUGAUAAAUGAAGAUGUUUCGAGAAAAGAACAUAUUCGUGAAAAAAAAUGAUUUUUGAUUAAAUCUGAUUUAAAACUUGUACUUCUUUUAUGAAAAAAAAUACUUUUCGCAUAAAAAUGCCAAAAUAUACAAAGGAUACUUCUCAUGCAAUGGCUUAUAUAUACCAGUAAUGCAACGUGAUUGUGAUUCUAUGACAAAAUUAAAAGUUUUGAAAGUGUCAUUAAGUUUUGAUUGAUGAAAUGUUGAUUUUACAGUUAUUAACUGUAUAAUGCUAUACGAUAAAAUCAUAUCGAGAAAAAGAAUGGUAUUUAAAUUUCUUAGAUUUUUUAACUUAGCUGUUUUUAAUUAAAACUUUAUUCAAUCAUUGAUGAUUUCCGUAAAUUACUAGAAGUAUGUAAGCUAUGUCAAAUUGUUGGCGAAUUCGAUGUAUAUUGAAGUUUCCUGAAAAUGUACUUGUGAGAAUAUAAAUAACUACGACUGCCUCAUCUCCUGAGAUAAAGUAAAAACUAAUACGAUAACAAAAUCUAAAGUUCGUGAAAGAUAGUCGAUGCUCUGGUGAAACGUAUAAACUGUGAAAUGUAUGAGGUAUGCAGGAUCUUUUCUUUUUUAUGCUAUAAGGUUUAAUAAAAUGAAAUGCGUUAUCCAUGAUGACGGUGAAUAAUGUAUAACUGUAUUGUUAUUGUAAUCGCCAACUUGACAUAAUAAAUUAAAGUACGAUGACAAACUGCAAAAGAAACUUGCAGUUAUGUCGCGCUUUUCUCUA